AUGGCUGGUGUGGUUCUCUGUGAGGCCACAGACCUUUACAACAUUCUAAAUCAGUCCAUCCGGGUGUCAAGACUAGCAGAAUUUAACUACAUUUGCUUGCUUGAUGCACGCACAGAAGAUGAAUACAAUGAGAGCCAUGUCAUCACUGCAAGAAGAGCAAAAUGGGAUGCCAUGGGAAAGUUGCUAAUACCGGUUGAUGUAGAAGUUGAAAGCAUGAAGUAUAUUGUGGUGUAUGACAGCAACACUAGCCUCUUGGAGGGUCCAGGUCCAGCCACUGAGUGUGCUAAAAUCCUGGCAAAAUCAAGCUGCCACCCAGUUCAGAUCUUGAACGGAGGCUAUGAGAGAUUCUCUGCUUUUUACCCUUUUCUCAGAACACAGAAAAUCCUUUACACCCUCAAGGAGUUGGAGAGCCUCCAGCCCUACCCUGUAGAGGUGCUAUGUGGCCAGUUGUACAUGGGUAGUUACAUACAGGCCACUAAUCCACAAAUCCAUAAAGUCCUCAAACUGAGGGCCCUGGUCAAUGUCUCUGAAGACAUCAGCGAUGUGUUUGACAGAAGCACCCUUACAAUUUUAAACAUUCCUGUGGCAGAUUCAGUAGAGGCUGAUCUCUCCGGCUUUUUUGAGAGGGUUUGUAUGUUUAUUGGCACUCACCUGGACACUGGCUCUGCUGUCAUGAUAUUUUCCAGUCAUGGCAUAAGUCGUUGUAGUGCUAUGACAAUGGCGUUCAUUAUGUACCAUCUGAAAUCCUCACUGAAGGAAGCCUGGACCAAAGUGCUGAAAUGCAAAACCAACAUGAGGCCAAAUCGGGGAUUUGUGCAACAGCUGUCUGACUGGGAGCUGCACAUACUGGGAAAGACGGUGACAGACAUUGCAGAGCCCUACUACUGA